AUGGGCACCGACUUCCACCUUUUCAAGGAGGGGAUAGAGCCAAAGUGGGAAGAUGCAAAGUGUGCAAAGGGUGGAAAGUGGACAUACUUUUUCCCCAAGAGCAAAGAGCCCGGCGCUCUUGAUGACUGCUGGCUUAGUCUCUUGCUGGCUAUGAUCGGAGAACAGUUCUGCGAGCCCAGUGAAAUCUGCGGAGCUGUAGUAAGUGUUCGCCAAAAACAGCACAGGGUUGCCCUGUGGACCAAAACAGCUUCCGAUGAAGCCGAUCAAAUGGCCAUUGGCAGACAUUUCAAAACUGUUUUGGGCUUAGCAGACAACGAAAAAAUCGGAUACAUGGUCCAUGAUGAUGCCAUCAGGUUGGAGCGUCGUGCGAAAGACAGAUACACCGUGUGA